AUGAAUACUUAUACGGAAAGUAAGUCACUUCCAGUAACAAGAGAUUGGAGUAGUGGUAUAUGUAAUUGUUUCGAUGAUAUGAACUCAUGCUAUCUGACAACAUUUUGUCUGCCGUGCUAUUUAUGCUACUUAUAUGAUGUAAUGGGUGAGGCUUGUUGGCUUCCAGUGAUUGGAUCUGGACCGUUGAAACUUCGUAUUAAGCAUCGUAUGAAGCAACAUAUUGUGGGUAAUCUGGCGGAUGAUUACUGCGUCAGCAAACAAAUGGUGAAAAAUUUGAAUAUCACAGUAACGAAUAUUUAG